UGCCCAGCGUCUUUCCUCUCACCCCACCCUGCUUUCUGUGCAGAACGACAUCUACGAGUGGAGCCGAGACCACCGCAUGCACCACAAGUACUCGGAGACGGACGCGGACCCACACAACGCCAGCCGCGGCUUCUUCUUCGCCCACAUCGGCUGGUUGUUUGUUCGCAAGCACCGGGAUGUCAUAGAGAAGGGGAGGAAACUGGAUUUCACUGACCUGCUGGACGACCCUGUCGUCAUGUUCCAAAGAAAGUAUUACAAGAGUUCAGUCGUGCUGAUGUGCUUUGUGGUCCCUACCUUUGUGCCGUGGUACCUCUGGGGUGAGAGUCUGUGGAACGCCUAUUUCCUUGCCUCCAUCCUCCGGUACACCAUCUCCCUGAACGUCACCUGGCUGGUCAACAGCGCUGCUCACAUGUAUGGCAACCGCCCUUACAACAAGCACAUCAGCCCCAGGCAGAACACCUUUGUCGCUCUGGGAGCCAUUG